AUGAUUGUAGUUCAACAGCCACAUCUACCUUACACAUCGAUUACAGAGAGUGACGCUUCAACUUCAACUAAACAAGCAACAGCUACAUCGGAGACAACUGGGAAGCGUCAACGCAUCUUUAAAGAAUCGUACAUCCAGUUUGGUUUUAAAUGUACAGUGUUGAAUUUUGAACAACGUCCAUACCCAACCGUAAUUGAGGAUGUCACCGACAGUCGAGAAGCCGACGAUGGUGACCAUGUAACACCCGCGCAUGUGGCGUGA